UUGUGCGCUGCAUCCUUGAAAUAGCGUAGGAAGUUGUAAUCGACCGCAACGGCGGCCGUUGACGGUAAAAUAAGUAGCCGGCUCGGCUCACGGGUGACUGAAAAGAGAAGUAACGCCUUAACGGAAAAACCAUCGGACGGUUAAUUGAGAAUGUUUAAGACCAUUUUUAUUUAUUAAAGUAUACAAGAUCAUUUUAAAGCAGUUGGUUUGAUAUAAAUCUUCUUCAUUUAUUGUUUUCAAUGUUAAAAAAACGACACUCCCUAAGAAGCGACCAUGAGUACGGCCGAUAUAAAUAAAGUGGACAGUGAGGACAGUAAGACUUUAGAUAAACAGCAGAUUGAAGCAGAAGAAAAAGAGAUAAUGUUAAAAGAAAGCGAAGCCACCGAAGCCGAUGUCGAGCUUAGAAAUGACGGUGGGCCGGUAAAAGCUGCCCUCUGCGGCGACAUCACCGAGCAGGGGCGUGAAGUUAAACCAAAGUUUAUACCUAUCGGCGCUAUCAAAAUGCCAGGAUUCUUCACAAGGAACUCUGACAGAGAAAAGUCUAAGGACGAGGAAGCAAUUGAAAAGGAUAUUGACAAUGAAAAGGCUCAUGAUAAAAGUGACGACGAAACAAAAUCCAAACAGAGGUUCCAAUUUCUCGGGACCUGCCCAUUUUCCCAGUAUCUCCAUCAGACUGCCAAUGAAAACGAUGGAGACAAUGCUGGGAAUAAAAAAAGUUUCGGGGUGUUCAAUGUGUACCCAAAGAUAUUCAAAAAGCAAUCGGCAAGCAAUGAGGCUGCCCUCGCCUCCAUGGAGACUCUCGAGGAUAAACUUGACACGCCCAACGAUGGAAUGGAAAAUAUUAAAUUGGAUAUUGUGGAUGAUCAGGAAGGCAAAGUGGCCACAAGGCUCCCGCUGAAAGAAAGGAUCAGACAGAAGAGGUUUAUAGCUGAUGACAUCCUCGUGUGUGGUGUGGUCUUGCUGGUGUUGUUGGCCAUCAUCACGGGCAUCGUGAUAGGAACUCGAGUUGGACCUCCGAACGAGAGACCGCUGCGCCUGGGACGCUUCAUCACGACACAGACUUCGUGCGGCCUCGUUGAAGGAAUUUUGGAGAAGGCGGUGUACCAAUUUUACAGUAUUCCCUACGCCGUUCCGCCGGUCGGUGAGAGAAGGUUCACAUAUGCACAACCACUAAACGAUUUAUCCAUGUGUUGGAACGGUACCCUGGACGUGCAUAAGAAGGGCCCACCGUGUAUUCAGCUCCUGGAGAAUGGUACCGUCAUCGGCGAAGAAGACUGCUUAACGCUGGACAUCGUCACUCCGCACGUGAGAUACGAUUCCCCGCUGCCGGUGGUCGUGUUGAUCGGCGCGAACACCUUGGCCGGCGGCGUGGGCCCCGCCCAACCCUCGACCACCUACGCGUGGACGAACGAAGUCGUCUUCGUCAGACCGAAUUUCAGACUGGGAGCGUUCGGCUUCCUCGCCUUGGAUAUCCUGUCGCAAUCGAAGUAUCCGCCUUCGUCCGGCAACUACGGUCUCAGUGACCUGGUGGUGGCUUUGCAAUGGAUCCAGUACAACAUCAAAAAUUUCGGAGGCGAUCCCCAGUCCGUGACGCUGCUGGGGCAUCGCGCGGGCGCCACUCUGACCGCCGCCCUCACAACCGUCCGCAGCGCUCAUACGCUCUACUCCCGCGUGUGGCUCUCCUCGCCCUCCGUCAUCUUCCCCGGGGAGCCGUUGGAGCGCGCACAGAAGAACAACGAGCAGUUCAAACACAUCCUCAAAUGUAACGACGUAGAGUGCCUGCGGAACGCUAAGCCGAUGGAGAUCAUCUCCGCCACGCCGGACACCUGGCUGGGCAGCGACGCGCACACGCUGCCGCGGACCGGGGAGACGAAGAGGUCCUGGCUCGUGCUGGACGGGGAAUACCUCAGAACGCACGCGUACGAGAGCUGGGACUCGCAGAAGGAGGCCAAGAACAUCGGGAAGGAGAAGUUCUUCAAGCCGAUGGUGUUUGGCACCACGCAGCACUCGGCGCACUCGGAGUUGCUCAGGAACAAGCACGUGGAGUGGACCGCCGAGCUCGUGGAGCGAGAGGUCGAAGCCAGCGCGCUCGACAGGAACCUCACCGGCGCACUGCUCGACAUAUACGGGAGGAACUACCUCGGCCUCGCGGAAUUGACCUCGGCCGUGCGCACCCUGUGUCCGCUGGUCUCCCUGGCGCGGCUGCGGCUCGGCGCUCCGCUGUACGUGGUGACGGCGGCCGGCGUGGCCCGAGGUUCGGGUCCGGCCGGGGCGAACUCGGACGCGGAAGCCAUGCUGGGGAGUCUCAAGUCGACCGCACCGGAGACGAGGCGCUACAUAGCGGCCAUGCAGCAACUGUUCUACUACUUCGUGUGGCACGGCAAGACGGCGGCGGGGAUGGGCGGGCUGGUGGAGAUAGGCCAGGACUCUCGGCCGCUGGCGGGGCUGCCGGCCUGCGACCGCCUCAUACAGGAGGACAUCGUGCCGCGGUUCGCGCACGUCGACUGAUGGAGCCGCCUCGCGCGUCCUUCUCCCGCAGCCCCCCCGAUGUCGUCUCCUGCGCGCGCGUCCUGUAAUACUCGCGUCGAGCGCGCUCGUCGUCUCUUAACAUUAAUUUCGUAAUCUCAAGACUGAUCCCAGACCGCCGUAUCUCGCCGAUCUCCCGCCGCGCCCGUCGGUGGUCGCCGGAGGAGGAGUCUCAUCAGCUUUAUUAGUUUUAUAUUUAGGUAUACUAUACACUCGACGUAACGAGUCGAGAGAGUGAUUGUUAGGCUUAAGGUGACGGAAGGCGACGCCCGGCUCCCUGGGUCGGAGCGGUCGUCAGUGAUGAUCCAAAGAACCGCUAGCGGAUAUCGUCUUUACCAUAGUUUACUCGAGGCGCCCCGUCUGACCCGCGCACGCCCCGCGCCGGGCGCCUCCCCUUAGGAUCUCAGUAUUUAUAUCUCUGUACUCCCUCUGUAUGAACUUAGUUUUACUGCAUGUGUGUGUCGUUCACCAUUCAUAGACUAGUAUCGUAGUGGUCGACCUAGCUUUUGUUAUUUUCGUAUUUUAAAUAAACUUAUGAGGCUGAAA